CUGGUAAUUCAAUAUGUCUGGUCGUGGUAAAGGAGGCAAAGCAAAGGGAAAGUCCAAGACUCGGUCCAACCGUGCUGGUCUUCAGUUUCCAGUUGGUCGUGUACAUCGUUUUCUGAGAAAGGGCAACUACGCAGAGCGUGUCGGUGCCGGUGCUCCAGUCUACUUGGCUGCCGUACUCGAGUACUUAGCCGCUGAAAUCCUCGAAUUGGCCGGUAACGCCGCCCGUGACAACAAGAAGUCGAGAAUUAUCCCCCGUCACUUGCAGUUGGCUGUUCGUAAUGAUGAGGAAUUGAACAAACUGAUGUCUGGUGUGACCAUCGCACAAGGUGGUGUACUGCCUAACAUCCAGGCUGUACUUCUGCCCAAGAAAUCCCACGCCAAAUCCAAGUAAAUCGUAUGCCUAGCGUACACAAAUCAAACGGCCCUUUUUAGGGCCACCACAUCCUCCAAAAAGAGAACUACCGUUACUAGUAAAUGUUGUGUGUAUAUUGGGUUUUUGGCGGGAGUGUAAAUAAUAUUAAAAAUAUAAAUUAAAAAAAUGGUAGUUACACACGAUGUCAAUUUAUUUGUGUUCGUGAAAGACUAAA